CAGAAUAAAAAUUUGCCAAUUUGGCAACAAUUCGCGAAAAAUUCAGUGAAAUUUGAGUCAUUGCCCAGCCGAAAAAACUGCCCAAAGGCGUGCAUAAGACCCACAGCUUGACUUAGCAUACCCCAAGAGAAGACCAAAAUGCGCCAGCCAUAGGAGUAGGAGGAGCCCGCUAUAGUUUGCAACGUAUUUCAGCACCAAAAGCAUACCAGGCCCUUAGACACCGAGACCCCGAGACUCCCAGAGCAGAUCGAGACACGAGUUAUCCGCCACAAAGCAAGUAACACUCUAAACAAGUACACACGAGUCUGGAGAAUGGUCAGAAAGCAAGUUGGAAUUGAAAACAGCGCAUCCCUAGAAGUAAGUAAGCAGCAGUUGGAGCAGCAGCAGCAGCAGAAGCAGAAGCAGGAGCAGCCGCAGCCGGAACCAGGCCAUCGAAUUGACAUUGACUUGACGCCGGAUCCGCCGACCAAUUUUGCACAACAGGCCCAUGCCAUCUACGCGCCACUGAAGCCAUCGACCCUUGCCACCAGCUAUGAGCACAGUGCGGCCCACAACUUCAAUAGUCUGCAAUAUGCCCAUCUUGCCACUAUGCCCUACAACCUCCAGUCGGUGCCGCCGCCGGAUACUGUCUCCAGCUCUGGCAGCGGCAUACCAAUGGCCAUCAUGCCCACGGAAAUACCAGCCGAGGACGAGGAGCGACUCGAGCGUAUCUUCAAUCAGUUGGACCGGGACGGCGACGGCAAGGUCGACAUACACGAUCUAUCGGCGGCGCUGCACGAGUUUGGCCUGUCGAGCGUCUACGCGGAGAAAUUCAUGCAGCAGUCGGACAAGAACCAAAGUGGCAACGUGGGCUUCGCUGAAUUCCUGCACUAUGUACGGGAGCACGAGAAGAACCUGUGUCUACAGUUCUCGCACCUAGAUAGAAACCGUGAUGGCAAAGUGGAUUUGGAGGAGCUAAUAUCUGCUUUCAAGGACCUGGGCCUGGACAUUGACGUGGACGAGGCUAGAAAACUGCUAACCAGAAUGGACAAAGAUGGCAGCCUUAACAUAAGCUUUAACGAGUGGCGCGACUUUAUGCUAUUGGCUCCCUCUACGGACAUACACGAUCUGAUUAAAUUCUGGCGGCACUCUACUUACCUCGACAUUGGCGAGGAUAUGAAUGUACCUGAUGACUUCACACAAAAGGAGAUGCAGACGGGCCUCUGGUGGCGACACCUUGUGGCUGGUGGCAUUGCCGGUGGAGUGUCGCGAACGUGCACAGCGCCUCUGGACAGAAUCAAGGUCUACCUUCAGGUCCAAACGACAAAAAUGGGAAUCUCAGAGUGUGCACAAAUCAUGUUGAACGAGGGCGGAUCGCGGAGCAUGUGGCGCGGCAAUGGCAUCAAUGUCCUCAAGAUUGCACCGGAGACGGCGCUCAAGUUUGCGGCGUACGAGCAAAUGAAGCGACUGAUUCGUGGCGAGGACGCCAGCAGGCAGAUGAGCAUUGUGGAGCGCUUCUAUGCCGGUGCUGCGGCAGGCGGCAUUUCUCAGACCAUCAUAUAUCCCAUGGAAGUAUUAAAGACCCGGCUGGCGCUUCGGAAGACUGGACAGUACGCGGGCAUAGCCGAUGCCGCGGCCAAGAUCUACAAGAACGAGGGUGCGCGCAGUUUCUACCGCGGCUAUGUGCCCAACAUACUGGGCAUCCUGCCCUAUGCUGGCAUAGAUCUGGCCGUCUACGAGACUCUGAAGAGACGCUACAUAGCCAGCCACGACAACAACGAGCAGCCCAGCUUCCUGGUACUCCUGGCCUGCGGCAGCACAUCGAGCGCGCUGGGACAGCUCUGCUCGUACCCGCUGGCCCUCGUGCGAACACGGCUACAGGCACAAGCCGCUGAAACAAUUACCAACCAGAAACGGAAGACGCUGAUUCCCCUGAAGAGCAGCGAUGCGCACAGUGGCGAGGAGACGAUGAGCGGCUUGUUCCGCAAGAUUGUGCGGCAGGAGGGUCUGACGGGGUUGUAUCGAGGAAUAACGCCAAACUUCCUCAAAGUCCUGCCAGCCGUCUCCAUCAGCUAUGUCGUCUACGAAUACUCGAGUCGGGCGCUGGGCAUCAAGAUGUCGUGAGGUGCUUUCCUCCUAUCUCGUUUCGAUGAGGUUAACUGUCGGUGCUUACUGGCUACGGCUGUGGCUGUGGCUGCGGUCGUCUGCAGUGCGGAUAGUGCUGCUGUCACGGGCUGCCACCGCUACGGGCACUGUGCUCCGUUUUGUAUAGUAGUAGUGAUAGGGUUAAGUAAGGCAAGGCGGCCGCCACUCGCUCUCUGCUCCAUCUCUCCACCGGAGAUGGACUAUCUGCUGCUUUCCUUAAGUUUAAACCGGCCUCUUCCAUGAACUGUAGGUGUAUCCUUUAAAUAUAUAGUUGAAUUAGAUUGGUUUUUUUUUUUUCUUAAAAUAUUAUAAAUAAGUGAUACUAUGGCUAAUUUAUUUAUAAAUACGUGAAGAAGAGAAUGUUGAAAAUAUGCCCAGGCGAUUCCCCCAUUUCGAAGGCUAUGCCGUUGUAACUAUUAAGCUCUAAUUUAUUUAAAUUUGUACGUAGGCUAUGCGGAACAAUCCCUCAGAAAAAAAAACAAAAAACAAGAGAAGACAAGAAAAGAAAACAUACCAAAAACAAAACCAGCUACGAAGGAGAACAGAAAAGGACUAAAACUAGGCCUAUGUCCGCCCCUAAAAUGUUGUCUAUAAGGUUUUAGUAGGGGGCAAGCGCAAUAGCAGAGUGGCAUGGUCGUCGGCUGAAUGUGACGGGGGAAAUCAAAUGAAAUCAAUGGAUAUUUUUUGGCAGCGUCUAGGCUUGUACACAAAAGACAUUAAAACUAUGAUGUACUCGUUUUUCGCUUAGACUAAACAAUACACAAAAUAAUAAGGAACACUUAACGUUUACAAUGUGAUGAUAAUAGUAUAGUUGAUAAUAUACAUAUAUACAUACAUAUAAACAAACAUACAUAUACCUACCAACGAUACCGACAUAUGCGCUUUGGAGCUGUCGCGGCUGACAUUUUGUAGCAUUUUAUUUGUUAAGUUUAGUAACACUUUCUCUUAGAUCGUAUUGCAAAAGAAAAUGAAGCCAACGAGAUUAAUUGUGACUAAAGCUAACAAACAAAUGAAAACAACAUCCACAAUCUAAUUUAUUUAUAUAUCAUGCGAACACAAACAAAAUCCCAAACCCCAAACCCCGACCACAAUCCUAAGUUCUUUUUUUUAUAAUUUUAGAAAGAAAUGAUAUAUAUAUGUAAUGAUUCUGAAUUUAAAAGUAUAUUAUAUGUAUGAUUUGUACCGUACACCUAAUUAGCCAA